CCUCUACUACGGUGGCCACGACCACGAUACACUCCACGGUCUUCUUCGUACCUCGCCGGCAUCAUGUCUGACGAAGAAGUCGAUCCCUAUGUUCUCCUUGGACUGCAAUUAGAGGCGACGGAUCCCGAGAUUCGCAAAGCCUACCGCCAACGCUCGCUCAAGGUCCAUCCUGACAGGAAUCCAGACAAUCCCGAUGCACCCCGUCUCUUCCACGAGCUGACGCAGGCAUAUGAGCUGCUCCUCGACCCACUGCGGCGGAUGGCGCUCGAUGCGAAGCAGCGACUUGCACGUGCGCGGAAGGAGCGCUUUGCGGCGUAUGACACCAAGCGGAAGGCGAUGGUCGAGGAGCUCGAGGAGCGCGAGCGCGCGUUCAAGAAGGCGCGGGUGGAGAAGGUGCAACAGGAACGCCGCCGCGCGGCCGAGACUGAGAAGAUCAAGGAGGAGGGGCGUCGGAUGCGCGAGGAACGUGAGAGGAGACGGGAGGAGGAAGAGGCAGGGGCGAGACGGGCAGCGGAGGCUGAGGCAGCGGCUGGGGAGGACGAUCCGCCAGUGCUUGGGUCCUACGAUACGACCGUUCGCCUCAAAUAUCAAAUCUCUGCACGCCCAACGCUGGUCACUGCCGAAUCGCUUGUCACCCUCCUUGCGCCUUUCGGUAUCGCGGACGCAUCAUCGGUCGUACUAUCCAUGAAGCCUCCCAAAAAAGCGCCCCACAAGCCUCCUAAAUUUGCCACCGCCCUUGUACCCUUCACGCAGAUUGGCGCGGCGUUCGCGGCCGUCUGCGCGUCCGGAAGGACCGAACGCGGGUUAGAGGGCAUCGAGAUCUCGUGGGCUGAAGGGAAAGAGCCGGAGCUGAUAGGAUGGCUGAAGCGCCAUGGUCAGCUUGGGUCAACCACCCGGGCAAAGUCGAAGACCCCGGAAGUUCGCGUUACGAGCUCACCAUCGACGGUGCCGCCCCCAAGACCCGAAUCGUCAUCCGAGCCAGCCUCUACGGCUCCUUUCUCGUCUUUCCCUUCGACAUUCCCGGAUUUUGCGGCCCCUCCGUCCGCGCCAACACCUGCCCCUGCUUCGGUCGCUGGCCUCGACUUUGAGAGCCUCGUGCUUAUGCGUAUGCGGCAAGCAGAGCGCGAGCGCCUGGAGCGGGAGAUCCUGGAGAACGAGGCGAAGGAAGGUUGACGUCGACCAACACCUUCGGCCGAUCCUGCUGAAACUCUGGUAUGAGCCUCGCACUUGCGGGUGUCACUUGACGAGUAUAAAAUCGUCCCUGAUGUACGUUGAAUGUAUACAGUCCUUUCCUUGUUAU